CCAUACCGAACUCUAAUUUCUCCCAAUUUCCCCUCUCUCUCUCUCUCUCUCUCUCUCUCUCUCUCCAUACGGAACCCUAAUUUCUCCCAAUUUCCUCUCUCUCUCUCUCUCUCUCUCUCUCUCUCUCUCUCUCUCCGACUGCAACUUGCCAAACUACAAUCAAACAACAAAGAAAGACUAAUAAACCCCUCGUUCGUUCGAUCGAUCGAUCAAUUUUUUCGUCUAAUCAGAACAUGGUAGCCGCGGAAGCAGAACUAGUGUGUCAACAGAGCAGCAUAAUCUCUGUUCAGUACCUCUGCGUCCCCGAUCCCAUCGACAACCACUUCUUGGACGUCUCUUCACCCACUUCUACGCCGCCCAAGACGUCGCCGAUCGCUUCCGAGUCGGCCUCCUUCGAUAUCUCCCUCUCCGAAUCGGUUGUGAGCUGCAAAACUAGUUUUCAAACUACUAUUCUGGAGUCGUCUUCAUCAAAUUUUGUUCCAAACAUUCGAUCGGGCAGCCACACAGACCAAGGAUAUCGGGUAUCCAAUGAAGAUGAACACAUCUGCAUUGAUGAUUUAUCAGCUCAUUUGGGCUAUCUAUUUGGGUGCCCACUUCGAAGUGCCUUUUAUGCUGUUUUUGACGGACACGGUGGCUCCAAUGCGGCCGCAGCUUUUCUCAAAGAGAAUGCCAUGAGAUUAUUCUUUGAAGAUGCUAACUUGCCGCAAACAUCUGAUAUUGAUGAUCUGUUCUUGGAAAAAUUGGAGGGUUCUCAUCGCAAAGCGUUUCUAUUGGCUGACCAAGCAUUAGCCAGGGAAAAAAAUGUUCCUAUUUAUUGUGGAACGACCGCACUGACUGCCCUAUUACUUGGCAGGCAUCUCAUGGUAGCAAAUGCUGGUGAUUGUCGUGCUGUUCUCUGCAGGAAAGGAGUUCCAAUACAGAUGUCGCAAGACCACCAGCCUUGUUAUUCUCCAGAACGCAGAAGGGUAGAGGAAUUGGGUGGUUGCUUCGUAAAUGGAUACCUUAAUGGUGAUCUGGCUGUAACACGUGCCCUAGGAGAUUGGUUCAUGAAACUUCCUUUCGGGUCUGCUUCUCCCCUUACUGCCGAGCCAGAUGUUGAACAAAUCAUUUUGACAGAGGAUGAUGAAUUCUUGAUUGUUGCUUGUGAUGGGAUAUGGGAUGUUAUGUCGAAUGAGGUAGCAGUGAGUUUGGUUCGACGUGAGCUAAGGCGCCACGAUGAUCCAAAUCAGUGUGCAAUAAAACUUGUCAAUGAAGCAUUGCGACUGAAUGCAACUGACAAUCUCACUGCCAUUGUAGUGUGCUUCACUUCUGUUUGUCGUGAGUCUGCCGCUCAGAGGCCUAGGUUGAGAUGCUGCAGCCUUUCUGAGGAGGCUAGGAAUAUGUUGAGGAGCUUUCUAGAAGGCAAGUGAAAUGUAAAUGCAAAAUCAUUUCCUCGCAGAAAAGUUAGAGAAUGAUUAGUGUAAACACAGAUUCUUCUACAGAGAAAUCUCUUUGUAGAAAAGAUGGUUGAUCUGUAUUUGUCUGCUUCAGAUGUGUUAGAAAAAGCAGCUGCUAAUUUUGUAGGGUUAGAGCAAAUAACUUGUUGGAGGCAUUUACUGGGAAAAAUUGUUAAUUUUGUAUAA